AUGGCGGCCUGCUGUGUGCGUCGCGCUGUCUCAGGUUCAGGUGUCCAGGAGGAAACGCUGCAGAGCGGCGGCUGUGACUCCGGAGUCUGUGCAGGGGACGCGCUCGGCAUGCUGGAGCUCACAGAGUGGAGGAGGAGGAAGAGGAAGAGUGCUGUGGCGGCAGUCGCUUUUUCCCUGUUCGGCAGUACUGAUGAAGACCAACGAGAUGAAGCCCAGCAGAAAGAGGAUGAAAUGAUCCUGCUGCUGAAGAAGGCCAAGCUCAGUAUAUAUCGGGGGCAGCUGCAGGCCGCCUCUGGUUUCCUCCAUCAGGCCGUGGUUCUGGCUCAUCAGACCCACAACCAGGCCAUCAUCUACACCUACAGUCUGAUGGCGAAUCUGGCCUACGUUCAGGGUCAGCUGGAGCACGCAGAGAAACUCUUCAAGGCGGCGAUGAGCUUCAUGCUGUCGGGAGGAACUCCACAGGACGACAACGCUGUCAUCGAGAUGUCUCUGAAGCUCGCCACCAUCUACGCCGAGCAGAGCAAGGCGGAGCUUGCAGAGCACGGGUUCAGGUUCUGUACGGUCCUGGAGGCCAAACUGGAGAAACAGAAGGAGGUCCCUGCAGAGGAGCGGACAGAGGAGCAGGAAGAUCUGAGGAAGGAGACCCGCCUCCUGCUCGGUCUGUGUUUGGACUCGCGGGCUCGAUACCGAGCUUCAACGUUGCACCUGAAGCAGGCCGGACAGGACUACCAGAACGCCCUGAACAUCUGCCGCCAGGAGCAGGGAGAGACACACCCCCAGACUCUGGUGCUGAUGAGCGACCUGGCCACCAUCUUGGAUCUGCAGGGUCGCCAUGACGACGCCCUGGCGCUGGUCCAGCAGGCCGUGGAUCUGAGCCGCUCCGCCGGACACCCGGACCAGCACGUGCUGCUGGGAAACAUGGCCGGCAUUCUGCUGCACAAAGGCCAGCUGGAGGACUCAGUGCGGCUCUACCAGGAGGCUCUGAGUCUGGCUCGGCAGGCCGGAGACCAGGAGGCUGUGGACCAGAUCCAGGAGGGACUGAAGGAGGUGAAGAAGAGGAGGAGCGAGGAGAGGAAGGAGGAGAAGAAGUGAUCGGUUCUCCUGAGAACUCAUCGGCCUACAACAAACUGUAUCUGACUCCUGGAUCCGGGUGACCCCGACCCCCAUCAGGACAGAGACCCUGAUAUACCUAUUGAUUACCUUCACGCUGUGAUGUUUGUGUUUGUGUGAAACAGUCUGAAAUAAAACUCUUUGUCCUGUAGUGAA